AUGUCAGUAGUUGAACUUACUAAACAAUCACACGAGGAACCUUAUAAGUUUAGGAUCAAUCACGAUGAUGCUCAAGCUGUGCUUGGGCCAUACGCAAAGACCCCAAAAGAUGAUAAAUUACCGGAAGUCCACACAACUUCAAAUGUUGCUAUAUUGGGUGCUGGUUUCUCGGGUAUAGCCUCUUCAUUGACAUGCUUGAAGAAUUUGAAUGAGACUGACUUUGUUGUAUUUGACAAGCAUGAUAAUUACGGGGGAACAUGGUACGCCAAUACGUAUCCUGGAUGUGCAUCCGAUAUUCCUGCUGUAUGGUAUUCAUUUUUCAACGAGUUGAAUAGCAAUUGGAGUAGAUUACAGCCUCCACAAUAUGAAAUGGAAGAAUAUAUCUUGACUGUGUGUAAGAAGUACGACUUAUACAAACAUGCUAAGUUUAAGACUAUUAUCACCGCCAUUGACUAUAAUGACGACGAAGGUACAUGGACGUUGACAGGUAGAAAUAUUACCAACGGACAACGUAUCAAGCACACCUCGAGAGUGCUUCUUUGCUGUCAAGGUGGAUUAGUGACUCCACAACAAUUGCUUGCUCCAGGAAUUGGCAACUUCAAAGGUGAGUACCUCCAUUCAGCGUUAUGGGAUCACAAUGUUUCCUUCAAGGGCAAGAAAGUUGUCGUUGUUGGUAAUGGUUGCUCUGCAAAUCAGCUUGUUCCAGCUUUAUUAAAGGACUAUGAACCUAAGAGUAUUGUGCAAGUUGUUAGAUCAAAGCACUACAUUAUGCCACCUAUUCCAAAAAUCGUUCAUUUAACAUAUAGGCUCUUAUCCUUCUCAAGAGUGGGAAUAGUCUUCGUCCGUUGGUUAAUUGCAACCUUUGCAGAAGCAAGGUUCCCGUUGUACAAGGGUAACGGUAUUUUGGCAAGAUUCGUUCGUUGGGUCAAUACCCAGUACUCAUUAUUUUAUAUGAAAUCGGCAUGCCCUAAGAAGUUUCAAUCUAUGGUCAUUCCUGAUUACAAGAUUGGAUGCAAGCGUCUUAUUUUUGAUUAUUCAUACUUGCCAUCGUUACAUGAUCCUAGAGUGGAUAUUACAAACGAGUCUAUCGAUCAUGUCGAUGAGCAUUCGGUAGUCAUGAAAAAUGGUGACGUUCUUGAAGCUGAUAUAAUUGUUGCUUGUACAGGAUACGACGUGCUUCAAAGUUUUGGUAACUACAAAAUCAAGGGUCGUAAUGGGACUGAUGUUUCGAAAGUCUGGAAAGAAGAAGGACCAUCUGCUUAUGAAACCAUUCUCAUCAGAGACUGCCCUAACUUGUUCAUGAUUGGGGGUCCAAACUCUGCCACAGGCCACUCUUCAGUGGUUUUAGCGAUUGAGAAUGGAUGUAAAUAUUUUUCGAAAGUGGCACCAAAGGUCUUAUCUGGGGCAUGCAAGUCUAUUUGCGUCAAGUCCCUGAGCUAUUAUAAUUGGUUCCAUACCACGCAAAAGGAAUUGGCCAGAUCUGUGUUUGGAACUAAAUUCGGUGGGUGUGCUUCGUGGUACUCAGAGGGCGGGAUAAACUCUACCACGUAUCCAUACUCCCAGUUGUCGUACUGGUGGAGAAUGAGACAUCCGAAGUGGAACGACUUGGAGGUUGAAACCCCAUAUGACUGGAACAAAUCAGGGUCAAAGGCCAAGGCCGAAUAG